AUAACACUCUCUCUUCAAAGAUAGCCACCAUAAUCGAAACCAGUAAUAUUGAGAACAAAAACAGCUGCAACAAAACCUCCUCAUGGAAACAAGAUCUGCCAAGAGGAGGAGACUCUCCAUUUCCCAAAACGAAUCUGAUCGAAGCCGCGAAGACCUAAUCAGCGACCUCCCCGACGCCAUCCUCCAACACAUUCUCUUCCUCCUUCCAAUCAAAUCCACCGCGAAAACCAGCAUUUUGUCGAAACGAUGGCGGUCUCUCUGGACCUCGUUACCCGAUCUCGAUUUCACUACAAUCACCCACUUCCCAAACAACAACAACAACAACAUCAUAACCACUCGAAAGAGAGUACAAACCAAAGGGUUGGAAUCCAUGGAAUUCAUCAACCACGUUUUGUCUCGCCGUGAUAACAACUGCGAUCUAAGGACCCUCCGCUUCUGCGCUCAAUUCACCUUCUCUCGGCUCAACAGCCUGAUACGUUGCGCCGUUAGGCACCGAGUCCGAGAACUUGAUAUCGAAGUUGCCACCAAUGAUUACUUCAAUUUCCCGAGAUGUAUCCUCACGUGCGAUACGUUACGGGUUUUCAAAUUAAAGUCUCGGUAUCCGGGCUUUCGACUGCCGCCUCCAUGUACAAUGAAAACAGGGUUCCAAUCACUCCACACUUUAUCUCUCUCACUCAUCAUUUCAUACGAUCACUCAUCGCUGAACGAUUUAUUUACAGAGCCUUCGUUCCCAGUACUGAAAAAGCUGAAUCUCGACGCUUGUUUGGGGCUGAAACAGCUUAAAAUUAGUUGCAAAGGUAUUGAAGAUUUAACCGUGGAGAAUUGUCUUCAGCUGAAUGAUUUGGAGGUUUUUUCUGGGAAAUUGGAGAGAUUGCGGGUGGCGAGUUGUUUCCAUGAGUAUAGUAGCGAUAGUUGUGUGAAGAUUGAUGCGCCGAGGCUUAGGAUUUUGGCUUGGGAGUAUAAUGCCCUCACGGAGCAAUGUUGUGUGGAGAAUUUGAGUUCAGUUGAUGAGGCCUCUGUUGGGUUCUUCGUGCUUCAUGAGGCUAUUACUGCAGCAAAGCUUCGGAGCGUGUCUGAUUUCCUAUCUGGUCUUUGCCAUGCAAAAUGUUUUACACUUGAAAGCCAAUGUGUUGAGAUUCUGUCGAAGAAUUACCAUUUCACAAGUACAAUUCUUUCGCAUCCUUUCAAUAGUCUCAAGACCUUGGAAUUACACACAAGUCUCGACAAGCAUAACAUUCCAACACUAGCAUGCCUGUUUCGAAGCUCACCUACGCUCCACACUCUCGUCCUGAAGGUCAUCAACGACUACAAGAUUGAAAGGAGACGAUGGAACAGGGUGUUGUGGGACGUAUGUAGCUCAGGAGAAGAGCGGUACUGGGAAUCGCAAACACAAGCAUUGAAGUCCUUCCUGCAUCACCUAAAGGUAGUAAAGAUUCACGGGUUUUCAGGGUAUGAGAAUGAUGCAAGUCUUGCAAAGUUUCUGCUCAUGCACGGAAAGGUAUUGCAAGAAAUGACUCUCUCGUCAGGACAAAACAAUUCUAGGGAUCCCCUUCGGAGAGAAAGAAUCAGGUCACAGAUGAUGGGAUUAUCCAGAGCUUCUUCUGAUGCGAAACUCGCUUUCCAAUAAGUUUGGCUGGAAGAUCUUGAAAGAAAUUAUCCUUAAUUUGGGUUAGUACUGUGACGAUGUAGGGUUUGGUUUCCUUCGUAUUUUUUAGGGAUUUUGCAUGUUGGACACCUGAAGUACGAUUCAACUGUCGACAUGAGCUAAUACAGAGAAUGGAAAGGAAACAAAUUGGCAACAUUAUUUUUGGUUGGAUUCAA